AUGAAUAACUUAGAAGCAGCAACGACAAUCUCGAAAUGUGACACAGAAGAAGAUACUGCAAGGGUAUUCGAUCUGAUCAAAAAAAAGAAUGCGAAAGAGGUGUUGCAAAUUCUGAAAAGUGCAUGUGUUCCGCUUAAUUACGCCGAUAAGACUGGUAUGUCACUUCUGGAUCAAGCGAGUUGGUCAGGUCUUAAAGACGUAGUUCGGUUUUUGUUAGCAAAUGGUGUCGAUCCAAAUAGCAGUACUCAUGACUGUGGUUAUAAACCUCUCAUGUUUGCAGCGAUUGCUGGACAUCAAGAGAUCUGUGAGUUGUUAUUAGACUAUGGUGCAUAUGUUUAUUCGACGAAUGCAAUCGGCAAAACAGCCGCAGAAAUGGCAGCUUUUGUUGGACAACAUGAAUGUGUUAGUAUUAUCAACAACUAUGUUGCGCUGGAUGAAAUCGAGAAGUUACUGCAUCCGAAAGGGGAUGAUAGUGAUGAAAUUUAUUCAAAGGAGUUUUCCCAGACACUGCAUGAUUUGAUCAAAACUCAUAUAAUACAUCCUGUUUGGGUCAUGCUUUUCCUACGUGAUCGUUAUGAAAUAAUAUGGCAACAUCGUCAGAAAUUUUGUUAUGUCUUGGAUAGGAUUUUUGAGAGACAAUUACGAUGCAAAGAAUCAAAUGAGGUUAUGUCAUUAAAACUGUGGUUAAUUUUAUAUACCGUACGAGAUACAUACAAGUUUGUGGAAGCGGUUUUGGAAAAGGAAGAUCAUAAAACAUCGACAAUAAUCGGAAAUUAUGUGAAACAAUUGCUGAAAGUGGAACAGAAUUAUCGGAUACGACCAAAUUUGGAGCGCUACUUGAGGAAUGCUGUUCAAGCAUUUCCAUAUCAUCAUUGUUUACUUUUCCAGGCACUUGUUAGAAACCUUGCAGCUGUUAAGUUUGGUACUUUGCCUGAUGCAUUUUAUGUGAUAAUGUCAGUCUUUUCGGGAGAACGAAUGGUAGAAACGUCUCAUUUUUGUGCAACUUGUGGUUCUAUUACUUCCACCAAGCGCUGCUGUAAGAACAUAUAUUACUGUCAUCCGGACUGCCAAAAAAUGGAUUGGUGUAAUCACAAAACGUUUUGCGAAAAGGUUGACAAGGAAAAACAGGGUCAGGAACGAGGAUGUUUUUUGAGCGAUAAAGCGUCGUUGAAAAUAAUUGUACAAAGUGAUGGAAGCUUAUCGAAUGGUGGAACUAUACAAGAUGGACAGUCGGAAGAUAAGAGUAUUGAAAAAGUUGCCUCUUCAUUUGCUGAUAUUACGUUUGCUUGA